UAAGGUAUACGUAACUAUUUUAAAAUUAGGAGUUGAAAAUUUAAUAUGCUUACAACUUUGAUAUUUUCCCACUUAUAUUGGAUUCAGUUUAACCAGUUAAUGAUACACCACAUAGGCCACUAGUAAAUAAAACCAUUUCUAGUACAUUUCCACAAAUUAACACGCACACGCACUAACCAAAAAGUUAGUUCCUGGUCCAUAUAAUUACACCAUAAUAUAAGUGGAGCAACCAUAAUCCAAAACAAAUCCAAGAUUCUCUUGAACAAAAAAGAAAGAGAAUGGGGAACAAUAUAGGAGGAAACAAGAAGAAGACAAAGGUGAUGAAGAUUAACGGCGAAAUCUUGAAACUGAACACACCCAUAACAACCUCGGACGUAGUUAAAGACUAUCCAGGCCAUGUUUUAUUGGAACAUGAACAAGUCAAGAAAUAUGGGAUUCGAGCUAAGCCAUUAGAGUCGGAACAAGAGCUGAAGCCGAACAAAAUAUAUUUUCUUGUAGAGUUGCCUUUGUUUCCUAAAGAAGAAACUAUUACCAGUAGUAAGGUCACGAGACGAGUGAAAUCUGCUGUUCAUAUGAGUGCACAGGAUCGGCUAGAGUGUCUUAUGUUGAGCCGAAGAUCGGCUUCGGACAUGUCGGUUUCGAAACCGAGUAAUGGAGGUGUAGUUCAGCUGAAGAUGAAGCUGCCAAGAGAUGUAGUACAAAAGUUGAUUGAAGAAAGCAGAGAUGAAACAGAGGUUGCUGAGAAAAUUAUGGAUCUUUGGAUGCCCAAUUCCAGUUAUGGCAGCUAGUUAACUUUUUGUUUUUUUGUUUAUUUGGUUGUGACUUGUGAAGUACAUGAUAGGAUCGAAUUUAGUUUCAAGAAUUGCAUAUAGUUUUACAAGAACAUCUGCUAUGUUUAAAAAAUAAAAAAAAAGAAAAAAGAAAAACAAUCUGUUUGUUUAUA